AUGGCCGGACGCGGACAGGUUCCAAUGAUGCAGCCCCAAGUGAUUGUGCUUAAGGAGGGAACCGACACAUCGCAGGGCGUGCCACAGCUGCUGUCGAAUAUCUCUGCCUGCUUGGCGAUCUGCGACACGAUCCGCACAACGCUUGGCCCGCGCGGAAUGGACAAGCUCAUCGUCGACGCCCAGGGCCGGGUGACAAUCUCGAAUGACGGCGCGACAAUCAUGAAGCUGCUCGACGUUGUGCAGCCGGCGGCACGCACGCUGGUGGACAUUGCGCGCGCGCAGGACGCUGAGGUCGGCGACGGCACAACGAGCGUCGUGCUGCUGGCUGGCGAGCUGCUGAAGGAGGUCAAGGAUUUCGUCGAGGAGGGUGUCAGCUCGCAGGGGUUCCGCAAGGCCGCCGAGCUCGCGAUCAACCACAUCAAGGAGCUGGCCGUCAGCAUUGACCGCUCGGACAAGGCCGAGAUGCGCUCGCUGCUGGAAAAGUGCGCUGCAACCAGCAUGAACUCGAAGCUGAUCGGCUCGCAGCAGGAGUUCUUCACCAAGAUGGUCGUUGACGCCGUGAUGCGUCUGGACCAGGAAGAGCUCAACGAGGACAUGAUUGGUAUCAAGAAGAUCGCCGGCGGUGCCAUGCAGGACUCGCUGCUAGUUGACGGCGUGGCCUUUAAAAAGUCGUUCUCGUAUGCCGGCUUCGAGCAGCAGCCCAAGUCAUUUGACAACCCGCGGAUCGUGUGCCUCAACGUCGAGCUUGAGCUCAAGGCUGAGAAGGACAACGCUGAGGUUCGCGUCGACCGCGUGUCCGAGUACCAGGCCAUCGUCGACGCCGAGUGGAAGAUCAUCUUUGACAAGCUGGACGCCAUCAUGGCCACCGGCGCCAAUGUUGUGCUGUCGCGCCUGCCCAUCGGCGAUCUGGCCACUCAGUACUUUGCCGACCGCAAUGUUUUCUGCGCCGGCCGUGUGACCAAGGAUGACCUGGAGCGCGUGUGCGAGGCCACCGGCUGUCGCGUGCAGAGCACCACGUCGGAUCUGACGGCCGCGCACCUGGGCAACUGCGAGCGCUUCGAGGAAUGCCAGAUCGGUGGCCAACGCUUCAACAUGUUCCGCGGCUGCCCCCAGGCCAAGACCUGCACGAUUAUCCUGCGCGGCGGUGCCGAGCAGUUUAUCGACGAGGUUGAGCGCAGCCUGCACGAUUCCAUCAUGAUCGUGCGCCGUGCCAUCAAGAACCAGACCGUUGGCAAGCAGCAGCUGAUCAUCACAGCCUUCGCCAAGGCCCUGGAGGUGAUCCCGCGCCAGCUGUGCGAGAACGCCGGCUUCGACACCACUGACUUUAUCACCCAGCUGCGCGCGCGCCACGCCCAGGACCCGAAGCGCUUCAGGUGGUAUGGAAUUGAUAUUGAGGAGGAGGCCGUCUCUGACCUCUUUGCCAAGUUCGUGUGGGAGCCUGCGCUUGUCAAGAUCAACGCCAUCUCCAGCGCCAGCGAGGCCGCCUGCCUGAUCCUCAGUGUCGACGAGACCGUCACCAGCCAAAAGGCCCAGGACCCCAUGGCCAACGGCCACCCAUGCCUGGUCGCGGCGGCCGCUAAAUGA